AUUUGCCAUUAAAGCACGAGAAAAGCUAAGUGUACCUCUGACGCGGAAUGAGAAAACUUUGAGUGUUGAUAAUUUAUCAAUGAAAAAUAGCAUUUUGUUUUCAUUUCGAAUCAGUGUAACUUAAAGAGUCGAAAGUCUAGGUCGGCUAAUUGUUUCGUUUAGAGGUUAGCUUUUUUUAUUAUUGUUUAUGGAUACGUGCAAAUAACUUUUGACACAUUUGACACUUUUCAGUGCAUUCGUACUGCUCUGAGCUUCGUGCGAAUAAUUUAAAAUUCGGAAUGUUUCUCAGUUGUUUUGUUUCGGGCUAAACAUGAAUCUCUGUGUUGAAAGUGAAACCAAGGGUAGAACGUUACGUGUGUUGUCACUUGUUUCGGAGACGACUGUGUUUAUCUAAAAAAUAAUCAUCGCUGGAAUUUCUCUUAUGGCUUUUUGAUCAGAAAAGUCGCAAGGAUGCCAAAAAAGGGUAGAAAACGCAAAAUCUCGGCCGAGGGCCGCGACUACGAUGAAUGGGAAAAGACCCAAAUUCUCCCGGACAGUCUCCGAGACGAGAUGGAAAGCAUGUGGGAGCUGCCGCAGAUCUACCAUUUUCUUCAGCUCACUAAGGACGUGCUACACAUAUCUCACCUAUCCAUGUUCGAAGUUGAGCGAAUGCUUCUCAUGCCGAAGGCCUCCCAACAAUUGGCCAACAUAAUGACGUGUUUACUCAGCUCGCCUUCGACGAAAUCCAAGCAGCAAGAAGUGCCUCCGAUGCCUUACAAAUUUUGGACCAACAUCCUCAUGCAAAAGCUGAAGGGCUGGUUCAAGAUUUACGAGGCGAAGCAGCGCGAGCCCGUCAAGGUCUUCGAUGCCUUGGGCAUCGAGUCGGAAUUCUGGUCGGUUUUCCCUGAAGCUUUGGAGCUCGAGGGCCGAGAUUUCGAGAGCUUCAACUUCCGCCAGAGAGUCUGGCUGCUGAAGGCGCUCUGCGAUACGGCUCAGCACUCGAGGAAAUUGAUUCAGGAGGAGAUUGCCAAGCAGCCUACGGAGAGCCAAUUCGAGACGGUUCUCGGGGUCGAUAGGUACGGCGCUCGAUACGUUUACUUUCCCCAGUUUCUGCACAACGAUCUACGGGUUUACAGACACAGUAUGGAUAACAAGAUUCUUUCUUCGUUCAAGUCAAAAAAUAAGACUGAAUCUGAAAAUGAAAACUCCAUGGAAUCAAAAAGUUCAGAGAGUAAAUCGUCCGAUGCGAAGCAAGGUUGUAAGCGACCAAAAAAACGAAGAAAAUCACGCUGGAGCAAUGGCUUGACCCCAAAGAAGACUUCCAAAAGGAGAGUGAACGAAUUGAUAGAUCAAACAGAUUCCAAUUCCAAUUCCAAUUCCAAUUCCAAUUCGACCGAUGGUUCAUUUGUCGAAGGAAAAACAAACAGUCCCUCUUUGGAUGGGGGUAGUUUCAAUGAAACGCACGAAACAAAAGGUGACGUUGACGAUGACAAUUCAAAUUUGACCAACAAAACUGACAAUAUUAGUCCCACGUCAGAGGAACAAAGAAAAUCAUCGAAUACAAGUCCUAUUUUAGAAAAUUCUCUUAAUACUUCGAAAACUGAUGAUGAAAAACUUAAAGAAAUAAGUAGUGUUAAAGUAACGACUGAUAAAAGUUCUCAAGAUUUAGCACUUGAUGAAAGUCUUCAAGACUCAGCGAUUGCUGAAAGUCUUCGAGAUUCAAUGAUUGAUGAUAAACUUCAAGAUUCAACUAUUGAAGACAGUCAAGAUUCAAUCAAGUCAAAUAAUUCAGAAAGUCAGAUGGUUGAUUCAAAAGAUUCAAAAUCUGACGACGAGAAAUUGUCAGAAAAUAAACAAUCUGAAAAUAAAUCUGACUGUGAGACGGAUGGAAAUGGGGAUUUGUUGGAUACUUCAACGAGACGCAGUGAAAGGAUCAAAGUAAAAACGGAAAAUGAGGAGGCCGAAAUAGUCGCGGAUGUCUGUGACACAGAGGAACUGACGUCUAUAGAGCUGAGAGAUCGUUUGUGCCGUAUCCCAGUGACUCAAACUCAGUCGCAAGAUAAUUUUGAUGAUGAUGAUGAUGAAAAUGAAUGGAAAGUUCACAACAUGAACGAUUUAUUAAAGGAUCUAAGCAUUUCAAGAUUCCAAUUGGUAGCCGACAGUCUAGAGAGUCUUAGGGAUAUAAUCGAGACGAUCACUAUGGACAAAGGCGGCGAUGGAACUAGGCCGACAUGGGAAGAAGAUCUUCUUAAACGCAUGAAAAUACUUUUAAAUUCGAUGGAAAACGUAGGACCUAUUUUAGAAGAAGCAACAAAAAAGGCGAAAAAUAAAUUGCUACAAGAAUGGAAUGAUUUUGAAAAUUUAACUCCAGAUGAACAGUCAAGUGAAAACUGGUCGGGCUCGCAAGGCUGGUGUUUGGUCAGUCCGGAACGUCCAUCACAGUCGCAAACUACCGCAAAGACAACGAACGAAGCGAAAUCGCUCGACGCAACUUUGGAUGAUUCCAAAGUAGAUGACAACAAAAAAGAAAACGAAAAUAAUCAGCAAGCGGAAGAAGCGGGCGAAAAAUCCACCAACGAAGUCGACAUAAAACAGGAAGACGGAGAAGAACCAUCGAGUAAAAAAAAUAAAACGAGCCAAGAAAAGGAAGAUAAUGCUGAAACAAAACGACCAGUUAGAUCACUACGUGCGCGCGGUGUCUCGUCGUACAUUGAACAUCUGUUUGACGAAGAUAGCAGCGACGAGGAAUAUAGAUCCAAGUUAUCGGAGGCUAAUCCAAUUGCCGACGUAAGGGUGGCUUAUAUUCCUAGCACUUCGACUGCGACCUCCGAGUCAUCGAAGAAAUCACCGACAUCUGAUUUCGAGGAAGAGGAGCAGAGCGAAGACUCUGACCAAGAUUGGUGUUUACCCGGAACUCGGAAGAAAAAACGCAAAAGAAUGUCGUUUGGAAGGCGUUUUAAAACAAUGCAAGCUAUCAGAACAGAGUCAGAGCAGAUCAGAAGAAAUGAUCAAAUGGUUGAGGCUGCAGGUGCUCAAAAUUUACGAAUAGAGAAAGUCCACACACUCGGUCCCGACGGCAAAGUCUACGAGUUGUCGGUAGAGGACGUCGUCGCUCCGAGCACGCCUACUGUCAAUAACACUUCGCCCAAUCAAACAAUCUACGUUAAUCCGCCUGUAGGGUCGGUAGUAGCUAAACAGAACGUCGCCGCGUACCCACAACAACAACAAACGCGGAACCUGCAACAGCAGCAGCAGAAGCAGCAGUGGCCGAGAAAAGUAGUGGGUAGAUACCCUCAUACCACAAUGCAGCAAGUUCAGCCACCGCCGAUGCCAAGGAUGAUUCGAAUGGUACCACCGCGACCGGGCACCGUAAUGGGACCGCGCGGCCCUAACAACGCGGCUCAGCGACCUACAAUGGGACCCCGUGGGCCCGGUGGCGUGACACAGCGACCGCGAAUGAACGCUCAGCCGCGGAUCAUCAGCUCCACGACUUUGUCACCGAAUCGACCGCUUCCCAAUCAACAAAACGUCACGCAACAGUUUAAUUCACGCCAAAAGCAGUCGUAUCUACACGAAGCAGCGUCUAAGAGGAUGCCAAACAAUGCCCUGAGACCUGGUCAGAGGAUGGUGCCGUCUCAGACAAAAGCCGGCCCCGCAAAUCAAGUGCCUCGGCGUACUCCAACGAAGGCUGGACCUCCUGGUAGAGGUGCUGCUAGAGUGGCGACAAACAAUAGCGCUACUACGCUUAUUGUUCUAAGCGACAGUGACGAAGAGAUCCAGGUCGUUAAAACACCAUCCAACAAUAUGCAGACACCAAAGGCUAAAACGAGUCCUCCAGUAAAAAAAAGCUACGUUGAUGAUACUCCAGUGUCCGUAAAAAAAGUCUUGCCUCCGGAACUGCUGCAACGCAUGGAGGACGGAGGCAUAUCGAUCGUUCCUAUCAAACCAGCUCCGAAACCCCCGAAUCCGUCGUCGACACAAAUUGUCGUUGUAGUCAACGAAACUGGCAGCCACUACGCACUUGUUCUUCCAAACGGUAGUAAAUUGAUUCUCACACCCGAACAGGUUGCUCAAAUAAGAGAGUCCAACGGGGGAAAGUUGGUGGUGUGAAAAUGUCAUUCAGCGGCGGUGAAUGCGAUAAUGUAUGUGGCUGUGAAAGAGCUCAAGUUGACUAUAGUGACUUAGAUUUGUUGAGCCAAAAUGAAACUAAGUUCUUUUCCAAAAAGGAAUUUCCUCGUUACAAUUAGACGAGGUCAACUAUUAACGUGAACUAACUCAUGUUCCAUGUGAUUCAUUACUUACCUAGUACGUAUUAAUUCAAGGAUCUCUUCAAUCCUAAAUAUGCGUACGUUUAUUUGCAUUUUAAGUCGAAAUUGGUUCGAUUUUUACCAACACUGGUAAUUAGAAGACAUUUUAGAUUUUAUUGUCGAUAAAUUAAUUAUGCUCACAAGAUUUUUUAUGAAUUGGUAAAAUAUCGUUGUUACUUAAUUUUAUCUUUCAUAUGAGUGCGGCAAUUAUUUUUAAUUAAUUUAAUUGUCAAUAAAGUAAAUCAUAAUACAUCACUAGUAUAGAACAGAUUUCUAUGUAAAUAUUUUUAAUAAUGAAUUUUUUUUCAAUACGUUGAAAAUACUAUGUAAUCUAUUAAAAAUGGAUAAUUGUAAAUGAAUUGUGCAAAAAAACUUUUAAAAUGAAAAUAAAUCUUUUUAUUUUGCAACUUAA